AUGAAAGUUUAUUUAUCUACACUCUCAGGCCAUUUGAAUAAUCUAAAUGUUGCGUCUGAGGAUUUUUGCUCCACCCUUCUCGAUCUCUUAUCAUCUUUAAACGUGCCAAGAGAACGGGACUCGAAUUUUCUCCGCCUCCAUGACAAGUAUUUAUCCCUUGUGGAUAAAGCGCUGGAAUGUGCAUCACAACAGAAGCCGGUUUGUGAAGAUGCGUUUGAUUCCCUGGAAGGCCAACUUCUAAUAACUGCUAUGACGACACCGCUUUUUUCGCUCAAUGACCGUCAGUGGUUAAUCAAUAACAUUAAAGCUCGAUGCGAUGGAUGCCCGUCCACCUGGCAAGCUGCUGGUCUCCUGAGUCUCGCUAACGACCUCCUCGAGACAUUUGAAGCUCACAAAGCCAGUAACGACGUUCUUUCGUCGUCAUCGUGGACCUCCGUACCGCGGAAUUUCCGCAGCUCCAGCAUUAAUUCCCCGUUUCCGUUUCUUCCACGCACACUCUGUCCAUUCGCCAAUCGGCGACAUCACAGUUUAAUUCCUCCUACUACCGAUAACUCACUCAAUGUGCCGUCGCCAUUCACGUCACCUCACUUGUUGAGCUCCUCCUCCUCGCUUAACUCCUCUGGCUUUGUGUCUGGAAGUGAGUCAAUGUACCAGGGUCUGAAUGAACCUCCGGCGGUGGCUUUGCGCGGCAACAGACUCGCCCCGCCUCCAAAUAACCGUCUUUACUUCCUUCGACGCCAGUCUGCGUCUCCGUACACGCCUCAGGAAGAACAACUUAAGGAAGAAGAGGAUAUUGUCUCACCAGCAUCCUUUACUAACACCUUGCUGGAUAAAUUUGACCUUCACAGCUGUCUCAUUCCGCGGUGUUGUGAAGAUAACUCCUCCCAAGCAGAGUCUUCCAAGGUAAUCGCGUCUCCACCAAACCUCUACCAACCACAACAGCACUUGAAUCCGCCGCCAUCUUCCCACGAAAUUCCCAAUCCACCUGCCACGAAUUCACAGGCGCUGAGUGCGGUGACUACUUCACGCUGUUUUUCACCACCACCACCACCACAAGUCACUAAUGAUCUUGUGGUGAACGCUCUGCCUGCGAAUAAUCGCGGCGGUAAUGCCAGUGAGUCCUCACCCUCGUCCCUCGUCAACCUAUCAGGUGGUUGCGAGAAGAAAAGACAGCCCCCUUUCGCUUUCCGGCGCCGUGUCAGUGCAAUUUCGGUCAAGAAUGACAAGGUUGAAGACCUAGGCAUGGCCUAUGUCCCCGUGUGGUUGAAGAGCCUCCGUCUGCACAAGUACGUUAGUCUCUUUAAGCACCUCACCUACUCGCAGAUGCUCGGCAUCACAGACGAGUGGCUGCAGCGGCAGCAGGUCACACAGGGCGCGCGAAACAAGAUCCUCGUGAGCAUUGGCAAUUUGAGCACGCGCUCCGCCACACUGACUCACCUCGAGGCGCGCAUUUCGGCCGCCGCUCAGAGUCCCCUUGACCGGGGCUCGUGUCUUCGUGGGUGUCUGGGGGAACUCCGAAGCGUCCUCCAGACCCCCUUCCCCCCCUCCCGUGUCUACCAGUCUGCCUCUCCUCCGCCUCACUGUCUGUCGUCUACUUCGUCGGCGGAGGACAGUGCACCGCCAACCGGACCCACUGGCAACGAGUUCCCCUUCGGAAGCGACAUCGAGGACUACGUUGAGGACGAGGGUGUGGACGAGGAGGACGGAGACGACGAAAGAGAGCUUCUGGACUUGCAACCGGUACCUGGAGGCCUCUGUCAGUGUCCCUACACCAGUUCGGACACCUGUCUUUUUGACCGAUCCAACUCGGGGGGUCGGGCCCCUUACUCCCCGAAGCGGCCGAAAUCGAGCGAAGGCGGGUCGUCUGGCGGCGCAUCGGGGGGCGAGAAUUUCUUCUUUCCCGCUUCGAGUUCGGCCGCGGUGGUUGCGGAUACUGCUGAGAAAACCAAGGAACCGACAUGCGAGGAAAACCUCUCAGAUCAAAUAAUGCGCUGUUUGCAACAAGGUGAGCUCUUGACCCGCAGUUUGAAUGCGCUGCUUUCUGAGCCCGUGGACAGUAACGACAACUAUGGAUUCUUCAUGCGGCUACUCGCCCUUGUUCUCGACCACCCAUCUUUCAACAGAUCACAGAAGGACCAGGUGACCGCAUGGCAGAAACAGCUGAUCGACCGACUAGGCCCAGCUCCCCAGCCUCGUCGCUCCUACCACCACCACAGGGCGUCGUCGCGUCGCUCGCACCACUACUCCCAGCCACCGGCUCGAGGUGGCGGCUCUUAUUCGGCGCCGUACCUGCCUCGGGGCAGCGUCGGCUGUGGGGCUUUGGGUUCCCGACUGCACUUCGCCUCACCCCUGCGUCCGCCCUACCACCACGCGCAGCACCAUCAGCCGCGUUCCGCGGCGCCGUCCUUCUUGCAGGCGCCGUCGCCGCUUGGAAUGGGCACUCACUGGAGCGGUGGGAUGGUUCGUGGACGCAGCACUGAGCCCGACGUGUUCCAGCGUCAGCAAGUCACGCCCAGGUUGUCUUUCCAGGAGCGGGUGACAAGCCAGCAGCAGCAGCGUGUUGCCAGUCUAGACAGUCUGCCUGGCUCGACGCCUUUUGGGCCAAUGGAGCCACGAAUGGUAAGUCGUGCCACACAACACGUCUUUGGCAGGAACCGCAUGUCUUCUUACCACGGUCCGUUGGGUGGUGACAUGUCGGUGUCGAAUUCGGCUUUCACUUCGCCUGCGUUGCAGCCGGCCUGCUGCUUUGGCCUCAGUCCUGCGGCGGAUGGAGACGGUUUCGCCAUCACGACCGCCGCCGCCGUCACAACCUACCAGCCAUCCACUCAUCCAGCAGUGGUCUCCGCGCCACCCACCUCCUCCUCACCCACCGUCUCAGACUACUCAACAGCUGAAAUCAACCGGAAUUUGGACCUUCUCACUGAAAAAGUCACCAAACUGGCCAUUGAUGGUAAACCGUCACCAGUCAUGUCAUUAGAUCUCCCCCUAUUCGCCCAAUUUCUUCCUUCUUAUUGA